UUGGAGGUUUCGCGUAUCGGGCUAGGAUGCAUCGUCUUUUUACUGAGCUGGAGCCAUCUAUUACUGUCACCGAGCAAAACCUGGCAGACCGAGUUCGGUAUAUCUUACGCUCAAAUAUAUUUGAUGGCGCCGAACUCGAACGGCUACGACGUGAGGCUGUUCCCCUCAUCAAAUGAAAACGCUACGACUGAGGGUGCGGUGCCACAAGUUGCAGAACAACCCGCACACGUGGAUGCCGCUGAGAAUACCCCAGUGGUUGCUGAUUCAAAUGAUGAUGGAACAUUCACCCAGGAACUAGAAAUAGAGCAAAUGAGGAGUACAUUGGAAGAGGCGAUUAUGGAAACGCGCAGUACGCCUCUCGAAAAUCGACCGCGACUUCCCCGCAUAGCCCUAAGCAAGCGGAAUCGGGCUGUCGUGAGGGCUCUGAACCCAAUGCUGGUGACCUAUUUGGAAGCCAGCCGGGACCUUUGCGAGACGGACUCAAUUCUCUUUGGCGCCGCACUGGCAGUCUGCCGUAUUAUAGGCGCCAAACUUUCCACGGCUGGACGCACUACUGGACAAAGUAGUGCUAUCCCAGCCUGGAGAACAAGAAUUGAAGAACGUAUCGCAAAGGCUAGGGCCCUCAUCGGCAGACUGAUAUGCUUCAGGUCAGGCAAUACCAGGCCAAGGAUUGUGCGCACCGUCAGGAUGGCGUUUGCUGGGACAAAUGUUAGUUUGUCCCAGCCGGAUAUAAUGCAAAAACUGACGGAGCGCAUAGACGACCUGAAGCAGAGAAUCGCUGCUUGGGGAAAGCGAAUUCGGCGAUAUACCGAGAGGUCGACACGGUUCAACCAGAAUCGUCUCUUCCAGAGUGAUCAGAAGAGGCUCUAUAAAUCAUUGGAGCGACCAAUGGUAAGUGAAACGGGCCCAGUACCGAAUCAGGCCGACACGGUCGCAUUCUGGCGCAGCCUGUGGUCAGAGCCCGUAAACCACAACGAGGGCCCUUGGACGGAAGUUGUGGCGAGUCAGUGUGCGGGUAUUACGCCCAUGGACCCCGUCACCAUAACGCCGGAUGACGUAGCUGAGGCGGUCCGUAGGGCCCCGAACUGGAAAAGUCCGGGACUCGACGGGCUGCAUCACUACUGGCUGAAGGGGUUCGUGUAG